CAGCAGCGGAGGUCUUCUCGCCGCACCACCAACUUGUCACUAAAGAUGGCGAUUUGCUGAGUGCUCAUGGAUACACACAUUUCUCGGCUAGUUGUUAUCUUACCCGAAACGCCAACUUUAAAAACAAAUUAACUGCUUAGCGAGCACCUAUUUCUCCAUUUGAAGCACAUCUGACAAAACGUCAGCCACCGCUACCAUGCAGAUCACGCUUAAAACACUGCAGCAGCAGACUAUUCAAAUUGAGAUAGACCCCGAACAAACGGUGAAAGCUUUGAAAGAGAAGAUAGAAGCAGAAAGAGGCAAAGACAACUUUCCUGUUUCUGGGCAGAAGCUCAUAUAUGCUGGAAAAAUCCUGCAAGAUGACACACCUAUUAAGGACUACAAAAUUGAUGAGAAGAAUUUUGUUGUAGUGAUGGUGUCCAAGGCCAAGCCUGCAGCUGCCGCCUCGCCCCCAGUUUCAGAAGCACCCAAGCCCCCUGCACAGGACUCUGGCUCCACAUCAACAGCUGCCUCAGCCACAACCCCAGCCUCAGCCCCUGCCCCAGCCCCAGUCCCUGCCCCAGCAGCUGUCCCCAUUCCCCCCGAGGAGGCCAAAGAGGAGCCAAGUGCCGCAGCCACAGAACCACAACAGCCAGCCAGCUCCAGUGGCGGGAGCCAGGGUUUGGAUGCCUCCUCAGCACUUGUGACUGGGGCCGAGUAUGAGGCGAUGCUGACAGAGAUCAUGUCUAUGGGCUACGAAAGGGAGAGAGUGGUGGCUGCACUAAGGGCCAGUUUCAACAACCCCCACAGAGCUGUAGAGUACCUUCUCACUGGCAUACCCAGUAGCCCAGUCCAGGAGAGUAAUCCACCAGCACAGGCCCCUGCAUCUGGACCCACAGAAGCCCCAUCUCUAGCAGAGGGAGAUAACCCACUUGCAUUCUUGCGGACCCAGCCCCAGUUUCUUCACAUGAGACAGGCCAUCCAGCAGAACCCUGCUCUGCUUCCAGCUCUUCUCCAGCAGCUAGGCAGAGAGAACCCUCAACUUCUACAGCAAAUCAGUCAGCAUCAGGAGCUAUUCAUCCAGAUGUUGAAUGAGCCAGUGGGAGAGGGGGGAGAUGCGCCAGAGGUUGGAGAGAUGGGGGCAGCAGGGGAGGAGGGCGCACCUGUUAACUAUAUCCAGGUUACACCUCAGGAGAAGGAAGCCAUCGAAAGGUUAAAAGCGUUGGGUUUUCCUGAGGCUCUGGUGAUCCAGGCCUACUUUGCCUGCGAGAAGAACGAGAACCUGGCAGCCAACUUUCUCCUCAACCAGGGACUGGAGGAUGACUGAACACAGAUCACUGCCUUCCUCCUCCUCCCUCCUGCCCUUCCCCUCUUCGGCUCAGCAUAAAGACUGCACCCCCAAUUUUACUGUACAGCUACCAACCUCAGCUCAACCCAUCAGGAGGGGAGGAGAGGGGAGAGCCAGCAGGGGGGUGGGGGUGGGGGUGGGGAUGGGGAUGAGGGUGGUGGUGGCGGCGGCGGCGGCAGUGGGAUGGGAACCGGAAAUGGGGGUGGGUUAGGUUAAGGUGGGGUUACAUGCUUAACACAAAGCGGAGGCUGUGUGCAGGAAGGUCAGACUUGGAUUAUCAGAGGCCGGGGGGUGAAAAAGUGUGGAAGAAUUCUAAAAUCCACGUGAAUUCCAAUGGAAUGUGUGGGGUUUGUCUAGGGGAGAUCUAUAAUUUGAUUUUAGAUGCGCUUUGUGAACAUUAGGGAGGGGGGUGGGGUGGGGGGCAACAGGGGCUGAGGGUUUUGCGACGAGAGCGUGUGUGUGCUUGUGUCUGCGUGUGUGAGUACAUGUCUGUGUGCCUGUGCAGAUGGAUGCGAUACAGUUAAGAUGAAAAAGUAAUCAAUUUGCAUUCUCUAAGUUUGUUAAUGCUGUAGCUGGAUUGUAUGGAAGCACAUUCUCCUCACUGCACUUCGACAACAUUAUCAGUGUGCGUAACUGCUUGUGUGUACCUCUGUAAGCCUCAUGUAUGUACGUCCAAGAACGAAACUGGCAGAGACGCACUGGACCGUGCUGCCCUCUGUUUUUCUGACAUUAUGUAGCUGGGGUCUAUCAGUCUGGGGAAAAAAUGGGAACUAAACUGACAAAUAUCUGGUUAUUCUUUUCACCUUGUACUACCCCUCAUCUGUUCUGCCAUGGUAGCUGCACACACCGCAGCCUAUCAGAAUCACUGCAAUUGCUGUGCCUGCCUGUUUAGGUUACUCAAAUGUGGAACCAUUUUGUCUAUGCUGAUUGCUUCUGGUGCUAAUUAACACUACCCAGAAAAAUCUACUGUGCAACUUAAACAUCAGAUUUUCAAGUUUCUAAUUAUGUAUUUUUUAAGAUCUAAGAUCUAUAGCUAUUAUGAUUUAAAAACACAAUAGAGGGCGAAACUUAAGAAGCGACUGGUCAUUAAGUUAUUAGGCGAUGCAAAGACUGCAACUAAAAUGCUUUGGAAUAUAUGGUGGCAGUUAUGUUGGGAGUUCUCUGGCAUCAUAUACUGUAUUUUCCCCCCAGUUUACCAAAAUGAGGACUUUUUAUUCGGAACAGCCCAUGCUCAUAACUGUAAGGCUGUUUCAGCUUGCAAGGAGUUGACCCACUGUAUGUGGGACCACAUAUUUCUUUAUCUACUUAAAUUAACUACAUAACCAAAAUGAUUAAAUGCCCACACAUUUAACUUCCUAGGUGUUGUAUGCUUUUUUCCUGUCCUUUCUUUGUUUUUUUUGCAGGCAAAUCUGUGUGUACUGCUUGGUGAGGAGUAAACCAUCUGCAUGUGGUUUUAUCAGUGUCAUGUGAUUGAGUCAUCAUGCAAUGACUUUCUUCUGGUCAUUUCUUAACAGGUUCUAAAAGAUUACGACCAUCGUACAUUGUACUGCAAUGUCUAGAAAAGCAAAUGUUUUUGCCUGUGUAACAUUGCUUUCAGGCACUUAAGGGAAAGAACUGGGAUCCAAAUCUAGCUAAAGUUUCUGUUAGAAUAAAUAUACCGUACCUUUAUCUUUCCAACCUGAGGCAAAGUGUAGUCACAUAUUAAAACCAUUUGAUUUGAAUGAAUCUGAGUUCUCAUAAAGCUUAGAUUAAAUUCUGAAUAAAAGAAAAUGACACUAAAUUAACUUACCUGUUAUUGUCUAAAUUUUCUGGCCCUCAAUGUGCAUUUAGAGGCUAAUGCUGCCACCCCUCCUUAAAACUGUGCCAUUCUGCCAUCCCCAAGACCCCUACCUACGCCCAAAUUCAGAAGUUUCUAAACCAACCCCUGUCUGUGAGACCUGUGUUUUGUCUCCUCGGUUUGAAGACAACGAAUGCAGGGGAAGACAAAUUGUUAUUAUGCAUACUGAGGUUCAGCUACACACAAAACAACUGAGAUGAAAUUGCUCUGUGAGGAGCAGGUCUAAUCCAUCAUCACCAUCAUACUGUAUGUGCAGAUGGGCUGAUUGUCCACUACAGAUUACUGUAUUAUGAAGCUUAUUAUGGUAAUGGCUGGCCUAGUUGUGAUGUGUGAGUUGGGAAUGUGUGGCAACUGUUUGUUUUGACUGCAAAGAUUCUCCGCUUAAUGUGGGUCCAUGAACAGACAAUAACUGUAAAAGAAAAAACAACCUGUCUCCAGUCUGAUUCUGUAUGUGUGAAGGCAGUUUUUACUGGCAACUGUCCUACAGCAUCAACAUGAUCUUAGACUAUGCUGUGCUACAUUAAAUAUCAGCAGUCUUUCAGGC